CCUACACUUUUCAAUAACAUUGUUAUUAAGAAUUGUGAUGCUCAAUGCACAAUACGAGAACUAUGGCGGUUACGAUAGCCUUCAAAAUGUGGGCAGUGUACCGAUUGGUCUACUUACGGAUCAGAAUACGGAGCAAAUGAACAUAGUAUUUGAUCAUGCUAUCGAAGUGGCCAAUGUGGAACUUGGCUUAGCCAUGUCGUCCCUCAAAGCGGAUGUGAACUAUGGCGAUGCCUAUCACAGCUAUGGCCAACUAUGCAGAAUGUUGGAGACUGGCAUCGCUGGUGUUUUUGGUCCUUCAUCGCGUCACACGGCUGUGCAUUUGAUGUCCAUAUGCGAUGCAAUGGAUAUACCACACAUCUAUUCCUAUAUGAGUGAAUAUGCCGAGGGCUUCAAUUUGCAUCCCCAUCCCGCUGAUCUGUCCAAGGCUUUGUACAGUCUGAUAACAGCAUUCGAGUGGUCGCGUUUCAUAUUUCUCUAUGAAUCAGCGGAAUACCUGAGUAUUCUAAAUGAGCUAAACACUCUGUUUGGCACGAAUGGACCCAUUGUGACGGUACUACGAUAUGAUAUGCAACUGAAUGGUAAUUAUAAGCCGAUCUUAAGACGUGUUCGCAAAUCCAUGGACAAUCGAAUUUUAGUCGUCGGAUCUACUGAAACUGUGCCCGAGUUUUUGAAUCAGGCUCAACAAGUGGGUAUUAUUAAUGAGGAUUAUAGCUAUAUAAUUGGCAAUCUCGAUUUUCACUCCUUCGAUCUGGAGGAGUACAAGUACAGUGAAGCGAACAUAACAAGUCUGCGUCUGUUUUCCCCAGAAAAAAUGGCUGUUAAGGAACUGAUGCAGAAAAUGGGUUAUAACAAUGAUCAAGAUGAUUUUCGAAAUGGUUCUUGUCCCGUAACUGUCGAAAUGGCGCUCACCUACGAUGCGGUUCAACUUUUUGCUGAAACUCUUCGAAAUCUGCCCUUUAAGCCAGUCUCACAAAAUUGCUCACAGCGCACCGAAAAUGUGCGAGAUGAUGGUUCGUCCUUUAAAAAUUAUAUGAGAACGCUGCGUCUCCGGGAACGCCUGCUCACUGGACCCAUCUACUUUGAGGGAAACGUGCGGAAGGGCUACCACUUGGAUGUCAUCGAACUCCAACCGUCUGGUAUUGUCAAAGUAGGGACUUGGGAUGAGCAGCGGGACUAUAGACCUGAACGCUUGGCACCCACUAAUUCUCAGUUUGAUAACAUCGACAAUUCUCUGGCCAAUAAAACAUUUAUAGUAUUGCUAUCGGUUCCGAACAAACCCUAUGCCAGUUUGGUUGAGAGCUAUAAACAGCUCGAGGGUAACAGUCAAUAUGAGGGAUAUGGCGUAGAACUCAUCAAGGAACUGGCCGAUAAGCUGGGCUUUAACUUUACCUUUCAAAAUGGCGGCAAUGAUUACGGCUCAUAUAAUAAGAGCACCAAUGAAUCAACGGGCAUGUUAAGGCAGAUAACGCAUGGUUACGCCGACUUGGCAAUUACCGAUUUGACUAUAACAUCGGAGCGUGAAGAGGCCAUGGAUUUUACCAUACCAUUUAUGAAUCUUGGCAUUGCCAUACUGUAUCUGAAGCCACAGAAAGCCACUCCAGAACUGUUUACAUUCAUGGAUCCAUUCUCUGAGGAGGUUUGGUGGUUUCUGGGUUUAUCCUUUUUUGGUGUCUCAUUGAGCUUUUUCAUACUUGGUCGUCUGUCACCAUCCGAAUGGGAUAAUCCGUAUCCAUGCAUUGAGGAGCCCGAAGAGCUGGAGAAUCAAUUCACGAUAGGCAAUUCCAUUUGGUUUACAACUGGAGCCCUGCUGCAACAGGGAUCCGAAAUUGGACCCAAAGCCUUGUCUACACGAACUGUGGCCGGUUUCUGGUGGUUUUUCACUUUAAUUGUCGUCUCUUCUUAUACAGCCAAUCUGGCUGCCUUUUUGACCAUUGAGAAGCCACAGAGUUUGAUCAACAGCGUUGACGAUCUGGCCGAGAAUAAAGACGGCGUUGUCUAUGGAGCCAAGCGAACCGGUUCAACUAGAAAUUUCUUUUUGACUUCCGAGGACGAGCGAUAUGUGAAAAUGAAUAAAUUUAUGACCGAGCAUCCAGAGUAUUUGACGGAGACCAAUGAGGAGGGCGUGGAGCGUGUUAAGAUAAGCACUCAUUAUGCCUUCCUCAUGGAGUCCACCUCCAUUGAGUUCAACACGAAACGCGAGUGCAAUCUCAAGAAAAUUGGCGAUGCUCUCGAUGAGAAGGGCUAUGGAAUAGCUAUGAGAAAAAAUUGGCCACAUCGUGACAAAUUUAAUAAUGCACUGUUGGAGCUGCAGGAGCAGGGUGUACUGGAGAAAAUGAAGAACAAAUGGUGGAAUGAGGUGGGCACUGGCAUUUGUGCAACCAAGGAAGAAGCACCCGAUGCAACGCCUCUGGCCAUGGACAAUUUGGAGGGUGUCUUCUUUGUGCUGCUUGUCGGUUCUUGCUGUGCUUUGCUCUAUGGCGCCAUCAGCUGGGCAUUGUUCAUCAUCAAAAAAGCCCAUCAUUAUAAGGUGCCAUUGCUGGAGGCUUUAAAAGAGGAGUUGAAGUUUCUCAUUGAGUUCAAUAACUAUGUACGUGUGCUGAAGAGCUCCGAAUCGAUUUAUUCGCGCAGUCGCCAGUCAUCCAUGUCGGUGGGUUCCAUCAGACAGCAGGAGCCACUUGCACAAUACAAUUAAAUGUUAAAAUUCUCAACUUUA